CUCAGUUUUGAUGUGGGCGAUCAGAGAGAAGCAUCGCUUUCAUUCUUCUUCCCAGUCUCAACUUUCCUCCGUCUCUUUCACGAAGCUACUAAAACCUACUCAACGAUUCGCAUCGAUCGACAAGUUUUUAUCGAAAAUUUUAUCAAAUACAAAAAGAAUUACCCCAUAAAUCUCCAGUGUUUUAACAUUCACCAGAUAUUCUCAAGCAGGAAUAUAUUUGAGGUGUCAACGACGGAAAAACCCAACGGCCAGGAUGGGACGAUAUCCGACAACUUCAGCAGGAGAUCCACAUGAUCAAGAUAACACCCACCUCGUCCACCAAGUAUCUCAAAUGCAAAUCCCUUGUUUCUGUUCCAAUUUGCAACAGUGGCGAAUUUAAACAUUGCCAAAAGUCUGAAUCUUUUAAACCUUGUCCUCCUCUCCGUUUGGCACAUGUUCAAAAAAACAGCAUUGGGGACGUGAGCGUGAGUAAUGAAUCUCAUUUUCUUCUAGAUCGGUUUUGAAUCUUGAGGAAUCAGUCCUAUGCCCUUGCCGGGGUUUGGACGUUCUGGGCUGUCCUCCGCUACAGAAAAAUUGUGCAAAUUUUCCUGGACCUGAGUUAUUCGCUUGUUUGAAGGUUUCAUCGGAAGGGGACCUACAUAACUUCGAGUAGGAUUGUCCCCAUCCGUGUAUAGGAUUCUGUAACUAUUCGUUCAUCUUCAUCAUCAGUGACAAGUCAAAUCAUUUAUUAUUUCAAGAGUUUAAAGUUUCCACUUUGCAAAGUUAUUGAAAUUAGCAAAGGGACGUCUUCAAGAAGAAGAAUUCGAACGGCAAACUUAAUCCGAUUAACUUCAUUAAGUUUUAAAACUUUAAUGACAAAGUUUGUCUUUUAUUGAAUUACUUUUGGUGAAUUAGGAAUCAAGCACGUCAAACUGUUUGAUGAAUUAAUCGAUUGCUUCACUGUUAAAAAGUUCUUUGGAAAAGAACAAAAAUUAUGAAAGUGCAGUGCAACUGAACUCGCAAUUAAUUACACUCAAAUGAGUGAAUAGUUGUCAGCAGUUUUGUUGAGUCGAGUCACAUUUCAUCCAGAUUGGGUUCGAAUUUAUAGUGAAAUCUGGUGAAGAUAAGAGAAGGGAACAAGUGACAGUUUGCAGUUGGAGUAUAAUAAUUAAGAGAAAGAGAGAGAUAGAGAAAGUUUGCUAAAAAACUAAAGGAUCCAGUUCCAGCCUGAAGAUGAACCACUCUUGGAAAAUGUCUCAGUAUUACUUGCUCGUCGUCUUCGUCCUCUGGGAUGUAAUUGGAACUCUUAAUUCAGAUUCCAACUUCUUUGUAUUGGCAGAUAAUGCAUUUCCGCUGUCAGCGUCGCUUUCCUCGAAUACCGAAGUAGCAGGCCUAGCCGGUCAAAGCGUCCUUCUUCCGUGCCACCUUAGUCCAGCUUGUGGAAGCAUCCAUUCCAUAAAGUGGUACCGAGCUGACCGAAGGGUUUACAUCUUCAGUGAAAUUGCCGAGAUCUCUCGCGCCGAGGACGACUUAUCAGAUCGAGCCAAAUUGAAACUGCAGACAAACAGCACUUUGGCCCAAUUGGAGAUCAGCCCUUUGAUGACGGCGGAUGAAGACUUGUACAAGUGCGAAGUGACAUAUUUAGAAGCAAAGGAGCACUGUGCCCUUCUCCAAUCCAUUAAACUCAAUACAUUCGCCAAGCCCGAAUAUGUGAGGAUUGAGGACAUGAAAGGUUCCGAGACAGCAAACGCGUCACUAAUAGGACCUUUUAAUGAGGGGAACGUAAUAACUCUGGUGUGCAUGUCUGGUGGGGGCAAACCAGUGGCUCACCUGAACUGGUAUAAUUCUUCAUCUCCAUUGCCAGGUCAAUAUCGAAAUAUGACGGAAGACGAUGGAACUGGAAUUGGGCGAUCUCAACUGACGGUGACACUUGGACGGGGAGAUCUUGGUGCAAAAUUGGAGUGUAGCGCGUCAAGUCCCACAUUGGACGUUCCCAUGUCCGCCUGGGUGGAGGUGGAUGUUUAUGUCCGUCCCCACAAAUGGGAGCUGACUGGUUACGAUGGCCCCGUCCUAGACGGAACUGUGGUAAAUUUGCUGUGCAGAGUGAAAGGCGCCCGACCAGCCGCAUCCAUCACUUUCUUCAACGGAACCGACGUGAUAUCUCCACAACCUCCUUCCAAUCUCGCCGUUCAGCAUGACUACACCAUCGAAUCCGAAAUUAUUGAGGCGGAUGGAACCUAUGAGACGCAAAGUAGAAUGAUAUUCACUGCCAACCGAUAUGACAACGGUGUCACAAUAACCUGUCAAACAACGAACCAAGUAAUGGAAUCCAUGGGAGAAAUUCCCUAUGUCACAUCCGUGAAACUCCAAGUUAAUUAUGCACCUGUCGUGGACGUUACUCCUGCAAAUGUUACUGUGAACGAGACAAGCGAUAUUCUAAUUUUUUGUGAAGUGGAUGCCAACCCUCCAGAGCUGAUUUCAGUACGAUGGUAUCGAAAUGGAGACUUGUUGGAUGUGAAUGACCUGGCCAACUACGAAGGAGGAAAUAUUCAGCAACCGUCUCUCUUGGUGAAAGCCGUGGCCCGAGAAGAUUUGGGGGUGUAUUAUUGUGUUGUGCAGAAUCAGGUUGGCCAAACCCAGUCCAAAUCCAUGUCAUACAUCAACGUUCUGUAUAAACCUCACGUCAGCCUGGGCAUGGAGCCAGCCACUCCGGUGAAAGAACAGGAGGAGCGGAAUGUUACCCUUGCUUGCGACGUAGAGUCGGGAAAUCCUGCAAUCCUCGAUGCCGUCCGAUGGUACCUAGAUGGAGAUUUACUCAAAGAACUUCCCGAGUGUCCCAACAUCACGACAUCCGCACCCGGAAGGGACGUGGAAACUGCAGCCGACCUUUGCGACAUUGACCCUUCUAAACUUCUGCUGGAGACUGUUGGCCGAAGCUUUCAGGGGAAUUACACUUGUCAAGGACUUAACGAUGCAGGCUGGGGUCCUCAUUCGCCCCCCGUUGAACUACAUGUCCACUAUCCGCCCGGUCCAGCAAAAUUGGAGUUCGAGCCACUUCUGGUAGUCAAAGGUCAGGCUUUGACAAUGCAAUGCAUCGUAGAAGAGUUGGGCAGGCCGGAGGCUAAGGUGUUUAGGUGGAUGAGAGGAACUCAUGUCCAACCGGAUGUUCGAUCAAUGAAUUGGACGGCGUAUUCGGUAUCGCUGGAACACAGAGCAAAUUUUAGUUGUCAAGCUGUAAACGAAGCAGGUCUCUCCCCUCCGGCCACUGUGAACAUUGACGUUUUUGCUCCACCCACGUUUAUUGGUCGUCUUCAACCAUACAUGGGAGUGUUAACAACGAGCAAAGAAGUAUUUCUGUCUUGUCACGUGGAGUGCUUUCCCUUGUGUGAAAUCGUUUGGUUGAAAAACGGGCUGCCGAUCGGGGAGACGGAACUCUAUUCGAUAAAGACCACAACACUGCCACCGGAUCAGACCAAAAGCGAUUUUGAGUCAGUCCUGUCCACCCUCUUUUGGAAUUUAACAGCGUGGCCGAAUGGUCAACUUGAUCGCCAACUUGAUAAUGCCAAUUACACUUGUCAAAGUACCUCAAACAGUGUCGGAGCUGGCGUUUCUAGCACGACGCACUUUCACGUCGAGUAUCCACCUGAGCAAAUCACUCUAUCAUCACCCAUGAUUGAUGUCGUGGAGAAUGAAAUCCCAGACAAAGUCACAUGUUCUUCCAAAGCUUUCCCGGAGGCAAGCUAUUUCUGGAAAUAUGGAACGGAAAAUGUAUCAAAUGGUGCUGUACUUUUCUUCAAUACUCAAUUUACAAGAAAAAUGGGAGGCGAUUACGAAUGCGUUGCGUACAACAAGCAUGGGAAUGUUUCCACCAAAGCCAAAUUCAACGUGCAGUACAUCCCAGAAUGCACGAUAUCCCCGAAGGAAGUUGAUGAUGAGAUGAUGCUGGUGUGCGAAGUUGAGUCCAAUCCUGCUCAAGUCGAUUUUGCUUGGAUGCUCGAUAACAGUACUUACUUGGAGAAAGUUCAGAGCAAAGGAUUGAGCAGUAGCAUCACGCUUAUUGCCAGCCCUGAAUUCUUUGGGAAAUACAAGUGUUUUGCCAACAACUCUAUUGGGAUGUCUGCCCCAUGCGAAAGAGUGAUAUCAGCUUCUCUGGAGAAGAGUAGUAGAAUACAAGCUGGAAGCUGGAUCAGGAAAUUGUCUGAUGAUAAGAUUAUAAUAAUUGCUGCCGUGGUGGGAAUCGCCAUUGUUUUAUUUUUGAUUGCCUGCAUCAUUAUUAUUCUGGUCUGCAGACGUCGACGGAUGAGCGAGAAAUUAAGAUUAGCAGUAAUCAAUUUGGUUGCAGACCAACAUGCCCGUCCUGAGGAACGACAAAAUCCUGAUGGCAAAGAUGUGUCGACAUCCACUCUUGGGGCUGGAAAUAACAAUAACACGAGGACAAGCCCUCCGCCACCUCCUCCACCCAAGCCGCCUACAACUCCACCAGUCGAUCCUGAAGGGGACAACUCGACAAAUCAGUCAAAAUGGCCGGUUAAACCGGGCGUCCACCUUCACGUAAAUGGAUUACACAGCUUGGGAAAAAUUGUCAAACCAAUUAAUGGUUUCAGUUAUGGAACUAAACAUUCCACGUCCACACUGCCCACUAACCUUAGCAAUAGUGCUCCCCAUUUAAUAUCUUCGCAAGAAACAAGUGACACUCCGGUUAGUACGACCACCUUGACAAGAAAACGGAAGCGACCAUCAAAAGAUCCCAGUCCGGCACAUCGCAAAGGGGGGGAUUUACAUGAUGAUAAUAGCAAAGCGUUCUACGAGAAUCUUCCAUUUCAUGGCCUCGCAUCGCCACAGUCUAAGCCGGCAGAAAUAAGGCCACCAAGUGAACUGAGUCACACAGGGUCUUCAGGCUAUGGUUCCACCCGCAGCCAAAGGGAGAAAGCUGCGCUUGCAACCGGAAACGACGGAGGAGGGCCCCAGAAAUCAACAAUGGGCUCAUUAACAAAGCCUGUUAGUAUAGUCAAACCGUCAAAGGAGCAGAAAAGGGCCAUCUCUCCAAUUGCUUCGAAAUCUACAAGCAAUGGCCCCAAGACUUCUACCCCAAACAGUGACAGUACUACUACAGAUCUGAUGAACUCAUUUAGCUACAUAUCAGAAACGUGUGGCAGUUCUUCUAAUCUUGUUGUCGCAAAUGCUGCACUCUUGGAUAUCCCCAGUUCCAUUUCGACAUUCCCUAAACGAAGCAAGAAACCAGUAGGUGUGGAUGCAAUAUUUAAUGCUCGUUUGACCAAAACCGAGUCAAAUACAAAUAUUAGACUUGCCACGGUGAAGCCGCAAAGGAUUGCAUCUGUAUCUGGGGGCUCCCUGCGCCCCUACAGAUUGCCAGAAGCAUCAAGAAUCCUUUUUCGGUCGGUUAGAGGAAAAUAUGGGAUUAGGGGAUGGCCCUCAUUACCUGAGGUCGUAUUGGCACCAGGGUUAUCAAAUUCCGGAAUCUUAACCUCGGUUGACGACGUUAGCAAGUCUAGUCCCGAUAGCGCUGCCUGGUUUGAGAAGCAACCAGCUUCAUCAAUUAAAAGUGAUUUGUCCAGUGGCAGCAGUGGUGGUGGUGGUGGUAGGAAUUUGAGAGGUAGUGGCGUUGGUUGCUCAACUGCUUCUAAUCAAGAGCAGCAGAACUUGAAUCAUUCCUCAGAGUCCGAUCCAGCAGAAGAUAGCAAGUUGGAAGCUAUUACUAUUGCCAAUACCAUCGCCAAUAAAAAUGCUAAUAAAAUUAUUGGACCGAGACCUAACCACCACCCAGAACAAAAGGGGGUUUUUCUCACUAAACCAACCAUUAGCAGCAAACCCACGUCUCCGUCCUCGUCGUCGAUCAAUUCAAUCAUGACGUCCAUUAAGCCCACUUCAUUCGACCUUAGAAAAAGUACAAAUUCUAAUCCCAUAGUACCAACCUGCCCUACCUUUACCACUACCGCAACACUGCCCACAACUGCCACGAUUGUGGGCAGCUCGAGAAAAAAUUCUCUUGGCAAAGAAAUUGCUGUAGCGUGUGAGAAAAAAGGUUCUAAUUUGGCAAAAUAUCCACCUCCAUUAAUUGGAAUUGGAAAUGCCAUCAUUCCACCCCCACCAAGCAGCUUGGAUGAUGAUGAGGACGAGGAAGAGCAUGAAGAGAAUGGGACCAGCAGCAAUGAUGACAACAACAACAGCGCCACUAAUGACCAAGCAUGUCUCACGGUGAAAGCAAAGUUCAAAUCUGCAGUUCCAAUGGCUGCCCCUCGAAUACAGACCAAAUCAAAGGGCAUAUAUCAAAAUAUACCCUUUACGAAAAAGACUCCUAGGCAUGAGACCCUGCUGACCCCACUCUCCCUCCAAUACCAACAUCAAAAUCCCAAUCACCUCACAAAUCAUCAAAGCCAUACCCUUGCGGGAAACCACCUUAGCCAGCACCAACUGCAACAGCUUUCCGUUGCACCCCACUCCCACUCUGGUCUCAUCAAUCAGCAGCAAUCAUCUCAUCCCAACCAGUAUGCAACAACUCAUCGCACCUUCCCAUCCAAUGUCCAGGCCGACUUGUUUUCGUCGCUGAACAGAAAGGGACCGAGACCAGUUGGUCCUCCGUUCUCCAAAGCGGACAUUAUGGACAUGACAGGAAAUGGUUCAAAUCGGAGAACUGCCAAUGGGGGUGCGCCUCCAUUGUGGCAUGCUGAUCUCAUUUAUGGUCACAUUCCCAACGGUCGUGGCAGUGCUGGAAACAAUGGGCACAUGAUGUCCAGUAAUGGGCAGAUGCCACAUAACGGGUACAUUCCAAACGGAAUGCGCAACGGGAAUAGCACGAUUGUUGGAACAGUUCAUCCCAACAAUAAUUCUGGUACUCAACCUUUCCCUAUGAUGAGAGGAGGCGAGAUAAAUGUUUGACAUAGGGACACUGUUUUAUAAUUGCUUGCUUAGUAAUCACCAGAAAUAUUUAGGAGGUUUCGCAGAUUUGAUGCGAAAACUGACUGCCAUAAUUAUUACCCUCCAUCCACAACCAUUCCUAUUCCCAUCCAUAAUGUCCUAGCGUGUUGCAAAUGUGUACAUAGAUAGAUGAUGGCGUAUUUGGUUGUCACCAAACCAAAGGCACAUGCCAAGUGCAAUCCGCUUGACCUCUGUGUCAAUAAUUGUAAUAGGAAUGUAUGUAUGUACAUAAUAUAUCGCAAGUGUGCUAUCUGGUUAAAAUGUAGAUUUUUUGUGAUUCAUCAAUCAAAUGGUGUAUUUUGGGGCUUGGAAUUUGUAAUAGGCUCAUUGCACUAUCACUGACUCUAUCUUGUACUGGUUGGUGUUAUUAACAGUUAAUAGUAUACCGUGGACAUUGUUUAUUUCUUUGUGUCGAGUGUACUAAUCAUAUACACAAGAAAUAUGACUUUGUGUGCUUGUCAAUUGUCCUGCAUUGGUCAUUGUCCCUAUUUCGUGCGGAUUAAUGUAUUUGUUAUGAAUAAUUAAAUAAGUUUAUGAUAAAGUAAUCCAUAUUAUUGUUUAUAAGAGCUUUAUGCCUAAUCAUUAAUUAACUCGAACGAAAUCAUAAUAUUAAAAAAUAAACGUAAACAAUGUUAGACUGAAAUUUGACAUUCAUAUAGAAAAGGUAUUUAUAAUCCUUAAGGAGUACAUUUACAGUUAAGAAGUACAUAUACUAAAAAAUUACUAAGAUUUUAAUUGUUUUUUUACCAGUAAUAGAUAAUACAUAACAAUGUUUGUUGUUUUUAAUGUAUGAAUAUUUUUUAUUUAUUUUUGUUACAUUUUUUUACUACUUUUGUUUACAAAGAUAAUUAUUACAUAUUACUAUUACACGUACAAUAUAUGAACUCUAAUUUAUGUCAAAUUCCGACCCAUUAUGUAUGUAUAAUUUUUAUAGCCGUACAAACCAACAACGGCAGAGUUGGACUAUGCAGACUCUGACUAUAAAAAUCUCUACAACUACGGUCCUAUGAAUUAUAAGGAGGUUUCGAAAGAAAAUAACAAUCAAAAUGCGAAGAAGAAAGCA